CUUUGAAGAUAGAUGUUAUCUGGAUGUUGUACACUCCACCUGAACAAGACUAUUAUAGAAAAGACGUAAUGCUCCUUAACACGCAUUGACACUAGCGAAAAUGGAUGAAGAUAAGGCCAGACUUGUACUGGUGGACUACAUAACUUUCGGGUCAGCUAUACUUAUUUCCAUUGCUAUCGGUUUAUAUUUUGCAUUUGCCGGAGGAAAACAGAAAACUACAAAUGAAUAUCUUAUGGGAAAUCGUCACAUGAAGGUACUUCCGGUUGCGCUGUCGCUCAUGGUAACAUUUGAAUCUUCCAUCACCAUGCUUGGAUUUCCCGCGGAAGUGUACGUUCAUGGAAUUAUGUUUUGGUGGGCGUUAUUAGCGUUUAUAUUUUCCAAUUUUAUUGGAGUACUGAUAUGGGUUCCUCUUAUACAUCCACUUAAGGUCACCAGUGUGUAUCAGUAUCUAGAGUUACGAUACCAAUCGCGCGGAAUCCGACUGAUGGGAACUUCAGUGGCGGGUCUUGGAACUAUAUUUUACCUGGGAAUAGUACUAUAUGGUCCUGCUAUUGCUCUAGAUGCAGUAACAGAUUUUCCAAUAUGGGCUUCCAUUGUAUUGGUUGCUGCGGUGUCUGUCCUGUACACUUCUAUAGGUGGUCUCAAGGCUGUGAUCUGGACAGAUGUGUUUCAGUGUCUUGUCAUGCUAAUUGGGAUGUUUUCUGUUAUCAUAAAGGGCACUCUAAGUGCUGGGGGGACAGCAAAGAUGUUUGAAGUUGUUGGUAAUAGUGGAAGACUUAAUUUCUUCAAUUUUGACCCUGACCCGUUUGUGCGUCAUACCUUUUGGAGCCUGUUGAUUGGAUCAAUUAUACGGACAACUGGUCUGGUGUUCAAUCAGUCGUCCGUACAGAGGAUCAGCUCCAUGCCUACACAACGUGCUGCCAACAAAGUUCUUUUAUUUGCUGGCCCUGCCUUCACGUUUACCAUGUCAUUAGCAGCGUUUGAGGGAAUCAUCGCCUACGCUUACUUUCAUUCUAAAGGAUGUGAUCCGUUAGCGUCUAAACAAAUCACCAAUUCAAACCAGGUGAUUCCUUUCAUGGUGCUGGACAUUUUCAAAACUCUGCCAGGCAUGUCUGGUCUCUUCUUGGCCUCGCUAUUUAGUGCGUCUCUAAGCACACUAUCAUCUGGGCUAGCAAGUCUGUCUGCUCAACUGACGGAAGACUUUAUAAAACCUACAUUUAAAAGUUUGACAGAUGUCAAAAUAACAAUUAUAGCAAAGCUUUCAGUUGUUGUGUUUGGAAUGGCAGCUGUCGGAGUGUCCUUCAUGAUAGUCAACAUUGAGGGUCCCAUCACUCAGGUGACUUUCAGCAUUCUUUCAGCGUUCACUGCGCCGUUGACGGGUUUGAUGUUUUAUUCAGCAUAUUUUCCGAGAGCCACUAAAAAGGGUGCUGUGGCCGGAGUUGUCAGUAGUAUGACGUUUAUAUUCUGGAUAUCGAUGGGUCAGAGUUUCUCAACGACUCUGAAGAAGACACCGUAUCUGCCCGCGGGUCCGACAGAUCAGUGUGCAGCUUUUGGAGAGAAUAGCACAAGCUUACUAAACACCACAUACCUUUACUCGUCGACCGAACCAACAAUUACUCCGACAUCAGUUUUCUCAGGAUUCCGUGAAAAUGAAGGACUUGAUAGGCUGUAUGCUAUUUCCUACCAAUGGUUAAGUACCUUGGGUAUAUUCCUCUUCCUUGUCAUUGGAUCGCUCGUCAGUUACGUCACAGGUCGCCCAAACCCAGCAGAAGUGGAUGUUCGAUUUAUUCUACCAAUAAUAGAUCACCUAUUUCCCUUCCUCCCAAAACGUUUCAGGAAAUGGUGCUAUGGCGGUGCACCAUUUGAAAAGCGACAACAACUCCUAGAUAACAUGGACAAAGGUAUCAUGGACCAGGAGGUAGAUUUUAUCAGUAUCGUAGACACAGAGAAGGAAACCAAUGUUAAGGCAUUCAAAGAGGAUGAUAUAAACACGGCUCACCUAUAACUUGACAAUUUGCGUCAAAACAUUAUCUUUUGACAUCCCUUUCUUUGAAGAGAAGUACACGUCCUCUGAUGACCUUAAGUAUAA